CAGGAAUGUCCCUGUCACUUGUCCAACGUAGAAUUCAGAAUAUUGUUGCGAAGCAUGCUCGCUUCGGGGCUCAGAGCUUUCGCAUGUUCCACGCUGGACGACCACUGAGCGCGGAUCAUGUGAACGUGCAUCGUGACACCGAGUACAACAACCUGGACACCAUGUGGGACUUCACACCCGAGAGCUACAAGCAGAUCGACGAGAUUCUAAAGAAGUAUCCUCGCAACUACAAGCGAUCUGCCGUCAUGCCGCUCUUGCACCUUGCUCAGAAGCAGACCGAGCACAUGCCGGAGCAUGGCAGCACUGGAUGGAUCCCUCUCGUUGCCAUGAACAAGAUUGCUAAGAUUCUGGAUAUGCCUCCCAUGCGUGUUUACGAGGUGGCUACUUUCUAUACCAUGUACAAUCGGACACCCAUCGGAAAGCAUAACAUUCAGGUCUGCACGACCACGCCAUGCAUGGUGGGAACUUACGGGAUCGGAGCUUACACCAUCCUUGACGCUAUCAAGAAACACCUGGGAAUUGAAGUUGGCGAGACCACCAAGGAUGGGCUCUUCCAUCUGAUGGAGGCAGAGUGCCUCGGCGCCUGCUGCAACGCCCCCAUGAUGCAGAUCGCUGGACCCAUCUGCAACGACGCUUAUUACGAAGAUCUAACGCCCGAGUCUGCCAUCGCCAUCAUCGAGAAGCUGCGCAAGGGUGAGACUCCUCCUCCCGGCCCGCAGAAUGGCAGGAAGGGAUCGAUUGGUCCUCUCGGCAAGACCGUUCUCCUCGGCGAGCCCAACGCUCCGUAUUGCCGUGAUUUGAACGCAAAGGCCUAAAGAGAACGAAAGGCCUCGAGUCUCGUGGAUGAUUUUUUGAGCCUGAUGUUCUUCGCGCUGGGUUCUACAGAACUUAAUCUGGCUUCGCCGUAGAUUUGGAAGAUAAGAGCGCAUGUAAUAAAGGAACUGCUCUUUUCACC